GGCUUUGGAGGACCCGUCCUUGCAGACAAAGACGGGCAAUCUGAAGACCCCGACGUACCAGAUGGUUGAAGAUUGGGUUUGCCAGUGGGCAAAAACAAAGACAACGGAGGAUAUCACACAGGCAUUCGCAAUGUGUGGCUUGGUGCGCAAGGAGGAUUUUGAUGUGGACAAGUUGCACGCGCCGCUGAGAGCAUUGUACAACGAUGUGGUCGACAUGGACGACUUGAAUAAUCACUACGCGGAACGGUUUGCUGAGGCACCAGUCCCUAUGAACGUGGCUUUGCUCACUGCGCCAGAGUACUUCAUCCCUGAGGAUGUGUUCGAAGGUCAGCCUAACAGUUACUGGCAAUGCCUUCGUCGGGCUGUGUUGGGUAGAGCACCGUCCAUUACUUGUGCAGAGUUCCGGUCCAACAUUGUGAACCACGUGAGGAGUAUGAAAAUCCUUGCUGACAUCAUUGGCGAUGCGUACUUUGCGGAUCUUGGGUCUGGUGUGACCCUUGACGAGGAGUACAUAGCUUAUGCCAUUACCGAGGUCCACACUGUGACUGUUCGCAUCCAGAGUGGGAAGGACUCAAGUUACUGGAGUUUUGAACAUCCCGACGCUACGGCCGUAAUUGAUCUUGUGUACGGAGUUUUGAGCAUCCCGACGCUACGGCCGUAAUUGAUCUUGUGUGUGUGGAUGGUUUCUAGGUGCUGAAGUCGUCUUUGGAGCCGCCCGGGAGAGGACAGCCCCUCCCCUUUGGGCCCCUGUCCCACCCCCAUGGGCCUUUUGCAGGGCCUGCGCAGUUAAUCCCCUGGUCUUCCAGGGCAAUCACUGCUGGCGGGCCCUUCGGUAGCUCUGUAGCUCUGUGUGCUGAGUAUGUGUAUUGCUACUGGACGCUGGACCCGGUUUCCAGCAGGUGACAGGCCUGCCACAGGGAGCUGCUCUUACCGCUUCCUUUAGGAGGCUGACGCUGGCGUUAAAAAAAAAAAAAAAAAAAAAAAAAACUGUUUCGAAGGUGAGCUCCCGAGUAGGGAAUUUGCAGAGUUAGAUAAAAGUGAGGCAAUGCG